AUGUCGUCGGCCACUGUGACCAUCGACCGCGACUAUUUCGAUACCCUCCUUCGCUGUCUAACCGUCGUCGAGAAUACUCAAUCACCCGAGGCCAAUGGACGCCUUUCAUCUGUGGUCAUUUCGCAGGCCGAAUAUGACCUUCUCCUAUCCACUUCCAAACGAUACGGCAUGCGUAAUCUGCUUCGCGGUGGUGUAGGAGAGGAGACGGUGGAUCUUCUCAGUCAAGAUGACGAGACAAUUCAGCAAGGGAAUCGGCAGCCAACACCCCCCCCGCAGACCGGCUCAAAGGAGGAGGGAGGCGCCCGGCUUUACUCCUCCACGCCACAUACCUCGGCCCAAAGGGGGAGAAUGACCAGCGGCUUUACCAAUGGCCAAUAUCAUCAGCGCUCCACGCGGGCCGACAACGAAGAAGUAGUGGAAGACGACGACGACGACGACGACGAGAUUGCCACGAGUGAUGUCGAUUCACCGAUAGAGGGAUCCUCAAGCUCAAAUCACGUCAAGUCUAAGGGUCAAGAGCAGUUUGAACAGCACUGCACUCGCACGGUCUUACUUUCCAAUCUUGCAGAGGGGACGACACAUGCUGAUAUCACCAAUGCUGUGCGCGGCGGCAUGCUCUUGGACAUCUUUCUGCGGAGCCACGAGCGCUGCGCAACGGUUUCUUUUCUCCGCUCAGCAGACGCCCGAAAGUUCUGCGACCACGUCCGCCGCCAUGAUCUCUAUAUUAAGAACAAGCGGGUGAUUAGCCUCCCUAUCCUGUAUUGCGGCGGCCAGCCCCUAACUCUGCAGCAGAUUGACGUUAGGUGGAACGAUCGCCAGUUCGUCUUACCAGGCCAUGUCGCGGGCAGGAUUGCGAAGGGGGCCACCCGCAACCUUGUUCUUCGGGCGUACGAUAACCGGCAUACCGAGGAAGUCAUCCGCGCAGAUCUGGACCACAUCCACAACCUGGUCGUGAUCAAGGUGGAAUACAUCGGCAAUAACUGCUACAUCAGUCUGAACUCGGUGCAUAAUGCCAUUCACGCGCGCCAAUGCAUGCUGACCCGACUGAGAUACAAGGGCAAGAAGCUCGAAUUCGACGUUGAUGAAUGCGACCAGCCGUACCCACAGCAGCCGCCAAAGUUCCGAAGGGAGUUCUCUGCUCCGAAGAAGACUUCUGCGCCGGUGCAUAACCGCUUCCAGCUGCUAAACCUCGACGAUGACGACGGGGAGGAUGAGAUCACGGCGACUUUCCCGGUGGAGAAGUCAGUAGGCAUUACCGCUUAGGACUCUGGUAAAGCCGACUCGCGCCUGGGUGGUAACAGCUCGGGGUAUCGAUAGGUCUCAGGCAUCUAAGAUAAUAUCUAUCUGCACCAGUAGCGGCAUUAUAGUCGCCCUUGGUGUUUUAGGGCAGAAUGAGCAGACGAGUAGGUGCGCUGGGAGGCUGCAUAAAUACAUACCUACAUCGUCCUCCUCGGUAUCUUCUGCUGCGGUGAAGCAUGAGACGAUUAUUGAGUGUUGUUUGACUGAAGCUGAACCGAUUUGUCUCACGAGACGUCUAAGAGGCUCGAGUAACCACGUCGGCACACGUUGAGGCACACAAUCUAACGAGGUCUAUACGGCAUAGAACAAGGUAGAUGAUAAUCACAAUCUUUAAGAGC